CACCUGUGACUUGACGACGCAGGACUUCUCCCGAGUUCUAAUGCAACACCUGUUUCAGUGAUGAGCCCACAGCGUGUUCAGUGGUAACAAGUGUCGCCACCUAUUCAUGCAUGGGAUGUACCAUUUAAGCCCUUCCAGCACCGUUUGCACGCACAGCCGCUCCGCUUCGGCGAAGAAGCCAUGAGCCAGCAACAGCCGCCAAGAGCUGGACUCCAGCGCGUGGGGCCCGGCGAUGUGUACCCGGUGCACGGGGACCCGGCCGCCCGAGUCCAGCGUGAGGAGGCCCUCUCCGGUAACCGUGACCCCGGCGAACCUGGCCUCGUCGUCACCGAGACUGACCUCCCCGGUCAACGCCUCGUCACCACCGUCUCCGGCGGCCAGGUGGUGUCGCAGUUCGCGGUGCCGGCGCCGUCGGAGGCGAAGGGGGCGGGCGACGGGGUGACGAUCGGCCAGGCGCUGGAGGCAGCGGGAAUGACGGCCGGUGACAGACCCGUGGGCCGCGCCGACAAGGCCGCGGUGCAGGCGGCCGAGGUGAGGGCCACGGGGCUCGGCGGUCCUCUCGCAGGUGGACUGGGGUCGGCGGCGGAUGCGGCGGCUGAGGCGAACGCCCGGGUGGGGAACGCGGCCCAGAGGGCGAAAAUCGGGGACGUGCUCGCGGACGCGGCGGCGCGGCUACCGGCGGACAAGGCGGUGACGAGGGAGGACGCGGAACGGGUGAGGGCGAUAGGGAUCAGGAGGAGGGCGGGGUGGCGGCGGCGGUGAUGGCGGCCUCCGGUAUCAAUGCGGCAAGGAUCAAGUAGAGCGCGCGCUGUAGGGAAACCGGACAUGGCAAAAGAAACGAAGGGGGUGUUUUUGUAAAUGAAGGAUGAGGAAGA